ACAGUGCAAGCAAAGGCAUCUUAAACAGGUGUUUAUGGCUAUGCAAUGCAAGUUCGUCACCCUCCCAGUGUCAUUUAAGUUUUAUCUAGUUCUUGUUUACCAAGCCGGUUUACACAACAGUGUCUUUAAACUUCGACGAAAAGCAAAUUCCGUUUUUUGUCAAAAUGUCUGUAAGUGGCAAGUUAACAGGCUCACAGUAAGCUAGCUAACAGUCCAAUGCGAGUUAGUGCCACUGCAUAGCCUGCUACCUGGACACCUCCACAGACGUUUACCACCUUGCCAUCAUAGCAGCGUUAAACGGCUUCCUUGCUGUUUCAAACGUAGUCUACGAAGUUCAAAGUAUUCCAUAGACAUGCACUUUCACAUCGCCGUAGCUGUCAUAAUUUGGGCUGCUCUAUUUGUGGAAUCAAGGAAGAUCCGAGGCAUCUCUAUAUCUUAUAAGAGAUUUUAUAAAGAGAGAAAGUCAUUCCUUUGCAUCGAUGGCUCAAAAUUGAUCCCCUUCGAGCAAGUGAAUGACGACUACUGCGACUGCGCGGAUGGGUCUGAUGAACCGGGAACAGCGGCGUGUCCGAGUGGCCGAUUCUACUGCACAAACCUGGGCUUCCGGCCGCACUACAUCCAGUCCUCUCGAGUCAACGAUGGCAUCUGUGAUUGCUGCGACGGAUCCGAUGAGUACAGCAGCCCGGCCCUCUGCCAGAAGACAUGCAGGAAUCUGGGGCAGCAGGAGCGUGCGGAGCUGGAGGAGAGGAUGAGGAUGCUCAGCGAGGGUCUGCUGAUGAAGAGGCAGCUGGUGGAGGAAGGGGCAGACGUGUGGAGAGAGAAACAGGCCGAGCUGACUGACCUCCAGAAGGUGGCUGAGGACCUGCAGGUGCGGUUGGAGUACCUCAGGAGGAGGAAGUCCGACGCGGGGGCGCAGAAGGAGAAGGCCCUGACAGCCGCACAGCACCCAACUGGCCAAGAAGGCCUUAGAAGUCAGAUCAGAGCUGAGCUUCCAUUAGACGACCACGGGCAGUCUCUGCAGGACACAGACAGACUCGGGGACAAAGACGAGGGCGUUGAGCCCAGGACGGACUCUGCUGCACCGAGGGAAGAGUCUCCAAAUGAAGCCGAGGUGAGAGGCGGAGACCCGUCGGAGGACGACCCUGAUGUUAAAGCUGCCGUCGAAGCUGCAGAGAGUGCUGUGUCCGAUUUAAACAAGGCUGAGGAGGCACACCAGAGACUUCAGAUGGAGAUCAGGGAGCUGGAAGAGAGACUGGCUAUAGAUUACGGCCCGGAGAGAGAGUUCCUCUUCCUGCUGGGGCGAUGCUUCCAGAUCACCGCAUACGAGUAUUCAUACACUCUCUGCCCCUUCAAUCAAGUAACCCAGAAGAGCCAAAUGGGAACUGAAGUUUUGUUGGGGAAAUGGGAUGCCUGGGAUGGACCUCCAGAAGACCUGUAUGGUGUCAUGAAGUACGACCGAGGAGAACCGUGCUGGCAAGGUCCCACCAGGUCCACUCAUGUCCAGCUGGUCUGCGGUACCGACUCGACCCUGCGCUGGGUGAAGGAGCCCAGUAAAUGCCACUAUGCCAUGGAGCUGCAGACCCCCGCAGCCUGCCAACCCCAGCAACCCAGCAGGAGAGGCGUUCACAAUGAACUUUGACCGCCCCCUGGGGGAUGUGGGGGAUGUCGCUGAUCAUUACAUAGCCCGAGAGUGUGUUCAGUGAGAGAGAGAGUGUGUGAGAGUGUGUUCAGUGUAAGAGAGUGUGUUCAGUGUGUGAGAGUGUGUUCAGU